AUGGAAGCAAUCGUAUCACUCCUCCUCGACGUCGAAGAAGAGUCACCAGCUAUCAUUACACAUCAGUACCCGCCGUUAACCCAAGAUGGAGCAUCUUUGGUCAUCACGGCAUGCAUUAUGAUGGUGCUUACGACACUGUGGACCAUUAUGCGACUCGUCUCUCGUCAGAUCACUGGAAACUCGUUCCAGCUCGAAGACUACCUGUAUUUUGCAGGCCAGUUGCUCUACUACGGCGUUGCGACUUGCUUCAUCCUUGGAGUUGUCAUCGGCGGUGCUGGCCAUGAUGUCGCUGUCCUCGAUCCCGACUUGCAUAUAUCCCACUUCGUCAAGAUCUUCCUCUCGGCCCAGGUCAUGUACGCCAGCGCGCUUCUGGCCAUCAAGCUGAGCAUCAUCGUCUUGAUGCAGCGCAUCUUCUCUCGCAGCAGUUCCUGGUUUCAGUACACGAGUUGGGUGGCCAUAUUUCUCUCCUGCGCUUGGGCUCUAUACACUGCUCUCCUCGGCUUCGUCAUCUGCAAGCCUGUUCAGAGUGCGUGGGACAUCCACGUACCGAAGACCGGCUGCGGUGACUACACAAUUUCGUUCAGUGCUGUCGCAGUUUUCGACAUCAUCACGGACGUCGUCAUCGUGGUGCUGCCCAUCAAAGUCGUCAGCGGCUUGCAGAUGGCAAGAGCUCACAAAAUCGCGACGUCUGUUGUGUUUGGUGCUGGCUUUAUCACCGUCAUCUUCUCGGGUGUUCGCCUCUACUACACCUUGACAGCGGAUUUCGUCAACAUCACAAAAGGUUUUGCUUCGGCAUCGGUCAGCGGCGUCUUACAAUCGGGUAUCGCCGUGAUGGUGGCCUCAAGUCCGAUGCUGCGUCCUGUCUUCGAUCGGACCAUUGUGCGAUGGCUCAGCCUGUCGAUUGGCAGCGGUUCACGCACCACGGAUGCUCCUCACUCCAAGUCCCACGGCCCUGCUACAGUUGGCAGCCGGCCGGGCCAGCUGGGACCCCAUGUUCGAAGUGACGGGUUCAAGCAGAUGUCAGAUAGUGACGAGAACUUGGCUUGGGAAAUGCAGGGCCUGGGAAAUCUGAAACAGAAGAGAACAACACCGACGAGCCACGCCUUUGCCGAAGCGGAUCUUUCACGUAAUGCCAGCCCUGGGCCUUCGGAUGACGCCGGCAUUGCAGUCACCCGCACCGUCGUCGUGGAGAGGUAG